UCCGUAGCUUAGCAUUAUUCCUUCAGCUUUCAACAAAACAUCUACACUACACAUCAAUACCUCAAUCUCCCAGAUACUACACCAUCUCCUCACUCCCACAACCACAACCACACAACAAAAUACCUACCCUCCACCCUCCACCCUCCACCCCUCCACAACCUCCCAGAAGAACAAAACAAUGCCAACCUACACCCCCCAACCCCUCUACGGCGGCGCCAUCCAAGGCAUCAUCCCCCAAGGCUGGAUCGACGCCAGCACCCUCCGCGAAAUCCCCGACCACCAAGAACUCUACCUCUCGCCCACCACCCUCUCCUCCCUAAUCAUCGAGCUCAACCAACCCGUCCCUAACCCCGUCGCCCAAGCCACCCUGCGCGCCCACCCAGCCCUCCUUUCGGAAACCAGCCCGCAAGACCAAGAAUCCCUCAACCGCGCCGCCGCCCUCCACCACCUCCUCGACAUCUGCGAUCCCGCGGAUACGCUGGUGAUCGUACAGCCGCCGACUAGGGUCGCGCUUGAGAAGUUUCAGGGGGAUGUGGCCGGGUAUGUUGGGCGGGUUAGUUUUACGUCCCCGGUGCGUGGGGGGAGGGGGGUGGGUUUGCAGCUGCAGCUGCAGCAGCAGCAGCAGAGGGUUGUGGGAGCGGGAGCUGGGGCUGGGGCUGCAGGGGCUGGGUCGAGUGGGGACCAGGCGGGGACGACAACGACAACGCAAUGCUGGUUUUUGUUGGUGAGGUUGGUGGAGCAGGAGACUGAUUUGUUGGUGUUGGUGAACGUUCCCGAGAAGGAGUUUGUGGAGAGGGGGGAUGCGGAGGGGUUGCGGAGGGAGGUCGAGGUGGGUGAGGGGGUGGUGGCGGAGUUGGUCAGGGGGUUGGAGGUUGUGGAGUGGGGGCUUUUUGCUUGA